GGCACGAAUCACCUUUGCUUUUCAAUUAGGACUCACUUUUUUGUUUUGAUAAUUCCCGUUUGAAAGCAGGUUUCGCAGUCGAUAUUACAUAAGAAAGUCGACAGUCCACAAGAAGUAAGUACGUAAUCCUUCUGGAUCUGGUUCUGAUACUCCAUCCUUAUGAGAAUCAGUAACAAAAAUGUCGUCUCCUUCCGAAAUGGACGAGGUUUACGGCGAUGUGGUCAAUAUGGGACCUGCUACUGGAGCAGCAUCGCCAGACUUUCUCCGGGGUUUGGCAGAGGCUUUCUUUUGCCUCUCCGAGGACACAGGGUUCCUUACGUAUGUGAGGGGUGCUGAUGCCUCUACUGAGCCACGAUCAAGAGACGGUAAAAGCAUGGAGAAAAACCCUACUUUUGCUGCGAGGACACAAAAAGUGUGUGACACCCUCCUGCGCAUGGUGACCAUUCGGCGUGUUGAUGGGGUAAUCAAAUGGCUUAGCUUGGUGCGUGGUCUGAAAGAAGAAAACGUUGCUAAAUGUACUAGAAAGGACCACGAAUCAAACACAAAGCGUGUUGUUGACGACAUUCUGGCCCCGCGAUGCACGAGGACGACACACGACGACGACGGCGACACUCACAUUAACUCCAAAUCGAGGGAGACAAUGGAUAUAAUGCUGAUGAACGAUGACCAGAGCAUGGUGGACCAGUUGGUUGAUUCUUGCGAGACCGUGAGCCUGGCGCUGAAAGCGAUGAUCAAUUUGACACAGCAGAACGUUAUCGCGGACAGCCUCAUCGCGUCCACUGUAGGACACUGGACUGGAGGAUGUGGCGCUCUUACUGCUUUGGCGCUCAUACGCAUCCAGCAGCUCGAGGAUGUCUCUUCGUUUUUAUCUUCGUCAGAAAACAUAGCUGGAGGAGAAAAAAGCGAGGAUGUCAACGAAAAGUUUACUUCCCUGCUUGCUCUGCUGCGUGAGAAUAUUUCGUUAAGCUUGAUGGCGCUCGGGAACUUGAGUGGUCCAGUUUGCCAGCGAUUUCGCCGGCGCCACAUUGACAACGACUGCAAAUGCGACACCUACUACCGAGCUUUCAUCGAUGUCAUCGCGCCGGCGCUUCUGUCCGCGAUGUCGCGACCGGGAAUUUUAGCGGCAACUGGAGCAGUGACUUCGUCAAAAGGUUCUUCAACGUCAAAGUCGUCGGAUAAUCAUAAUGUUGAACAGAUCAAGGAAGACUGGAGUUCGCUCCUGCUCGAAGAUUCUCUUAUGCCUGAAGAUGAACGCGUAGCCGAUAGUCAGAGUCUCCUUCUAGAGCGUGACUUCGCGAUUCCCGGCACCACUGUUUUCCAGCGGAUUAGCGAAAUGGGUGGGACAAAGGAUAUUCUCAGUAUUUUCACUAUGGGACAAGCACAAGGAGAACAGAGUGCUCUACGCAGUUUUACACAACAACUGAGGACGCAUCCUGCGCGUCGUGAGACGAUUCUCUCUGUUUUCGGGGCUGUGGCCAAGAGAGCCGGGGCUCGGGAAGUUGAUGCAGAGGAUCUAGCCGUCGCCUACAGUGCUUGUGACGAAAAAUCCACCGAAGUCAAUCCACAAAGCGCUGCAGCGACAGCAGACGCUCAAAAAUUGUGGAAAGCGCUAUCAGAAUCGCGAGUACUGCCACUCCUAAGUCGAUUUUUGUGUAGCGCAGAAGAGGUUACCGAAUUCACCUCUACUAGCACCGUUUCUAGUAUUACUCCUAACUCCUCGGCCUCAGAAGAAGCUCUUCUCGAUGAUGACCUUCGAGAACGCAUCGUCGAGUUGUUUUAUCUCUUCGUAAAGACUACCGGUGGCCGCGCUGUGUUGCAGGAGGAGCACUCGAUGAUGCCGAUGCUGCGAUGCUUGGCAAUGAAAGAGGAUGUCGCUGAGGUGCGAGGCAAAGUGCGACUCGUUGUUUCUUGCAUGGAGAGCGCUCUGGCUGCGGCUGGCACUGGAGAGGAUGUUGGCUCUCCUGCCUGCGACAAUCGCGCAGCGAGUGCACGCACAGGCGGCAUUUCCGAAAGAAAGCAACGAGACGAUGCACCGCUGGUCGUUACCUACGACAGGGAAGGAAACAUUCAAAGUAUCAAUGCGCCAAAAGUAGGCGGUGCGUAGAACAUCUGCCUGAAAUGAGGAUGAUAAGUAGGAGACUCGAAUGAGUCUGUUCCCCAGAACAACAUCCAACACUUCGUUACCAGAGCAAGAUGAAAUACUUUUUUUCCCUCCUUCCCGACGAAAAAUUCGAUGUCGAGUUUAUUGACUUCACGCACCAGCAGGAUGAUGGUGAAGAAAUAUACCGGUAUAUUAUAUGAAUGUAUUAGAUGAUAGUUGGCGAUAUAUCAGUGACUGAGCCGUGUUCCUGGAAUAGGAUGUUUAUGAUUCCCGUGGGAUUGCCGUUGCUCUGAUCUCCUGAAUACGGAGGGAAAUGUAUCUGCAGAAUGAAAUCCGACUGAUGAAAUCAAUGGAAUCAAUAGGAGAAGCACGAAAAU